AUGGAGUCGAUAACAAAUGGUGAGAUAAAUGAGGGACCUAGGAAUUCUUGAACCUGUUCUGAUUGUGAAAAACUUGGAACAUCAAGUUUUUUGUAUUAUGGUCACUUGUAGAUCAUCCUCAUUUUAUUGUAAAUAAAUAGAAGUAGGCUAGGUUGAUAACCGAGGAAAGAAGGAUCAAAAAACUGAUUAAGCGAGUCACCAACUAACUAGACUUUUUCUAUCAAAACAGUGUAAUAAUUUUCCAGAUAAUCCAUCGGCUACCACAACAUUGUUAGGAAAUGAAGAUGGAAAUAGUGAAUGGUCUAAUAUCGUUACGUUACAAUGGAAUAAUAUUCGUGUGAAAACUAAGGCUGGAAGAGUUUUACUGGAUGGUGUUAGUGGAUGUGCUGUUCCGGGAGAAGUUGUUGCAUUGAUGGGUGCGUCUGGUGCGGGGAAAACUACUUUACUCAACACUUUAUUGCAACGAAAUCUGAAAGUGAGUUCAAAAAAAAACGAAAUUUAUUAAUAGAGUUGAAAAUUCGCUCUAAUGCAAACGGGUCCCACACCGAUUGACUGGCUCUAAAAAGAAUUGCCUUGAAAAUUCAAAAAUAAUUACUUAUUUUGUCAAAAAAAGUGUUUUUUCAGGGUCUUGAAGUGGAAGGUGAAAUCUUGGUGAAUGGUCAAAACAUUGGAAAAGGUGUCACAAGUGUUUCAGCCUAUGUUCAACAAGAGGAUUUAUUUCUGGGAACACUAACAGUCCGUGAACAUUUGGAGAUUCAAGCAAAAUUGCGAUUACCAUCUAGUUUUUCGGCGGAGGACAGGAAAAAUCGAGUAGAUGAUGUGAUGCGCGAAAUGAUGCUGGAAAAGCCGGCAAAAAGUCGAAUCGGUGUGCCGGGAAUCAAAAAAGGUAUCUCUGGAGGAGAAAUGAAAAGAUUGGCGUUUGCAGCUGAGAUGAUUAAUAAUCCUCCAAUAAUUUUUUGUGAUGAACCAACAACUGGUCUCGAUUCUCAUAUGUCUUUGCAAGUUGUCAAAGCUUUGGAAGAAAUGGCUGUCGAAAAGGGAAAAACGAUAAUUUGCACGAUACAUCAGCCAUCAUCCGAAGUGUUUGAGAUGUUUGACAAAGUUGUGUUUCUUGCGCAGGGAAAAAUCGCGUUUCAUGGAGCGAUUGAUGAGGCAAUUCAUCAUUUUGCGGAUUCAGGAUUUAUGGUUCCCGAUCAUACAAAUCCCGCGGACUAUUACAUUGAUGUAAGCCUUUUUUUAGUAAUGAGAUUUCAUAUGUUUUUUCUUGUUUCCAGAUUCUUGCAAUCCGCCCGUCUGAAGCUGAAAAGUGUAAAAAAGUUUGCAAAUUUCUGACUGAUGAUUUCUCAAAAAGCAGUUACAAGAAGAAACUUUUGACAAUUAUGGACAAAACAAAACAUGCAAAAGCAAUGACUCCUCAUCGCGGUGCAAAUUAUCUAAAUAUUUUAUUUGCACUUUUAUAUCGCUAUAGUUUGGAUAAUCUUCGGAAUCCGGCAAUCAUGAGAGCAAAAGUUGUUCAAAAAAUAUUCAUGGGAUUGUUUCUUGGCUUGUUAUUUUUCCAAUUAGAUGUUGAUCAAGAAGGUUUAUCUGGUUAUAAAGGCGCAUUGUUUUAUUAUAUCUCAGAGCUCACAUAUUCAACAAUUUAUGGAAUUCAAGCAUUUAUGCCAGCUGAUUAUCCGCCUUUACUUCGAGAAUAUCAUGAUCGAACUUAUCCUUUGUCAUCAUAUUAUUUAGCAAAACUCUUGUCAUUUUUGCCAAUCUUCACAAUUGAUGGAAUGAUUCUUGUUUUUUGUUCAUAUUUUUUCGUUGGAUUUCCUAUAACUUUUCUUCAAUUUAUGAGACAAUUAUUCACUUGUAUGGUUAUUGAAUGGAAUGUUGCUGCGUUGGGAAUUGCGGUUUGCGCGGUAAUUUAUUUAUUGGAAGUUUUUUGAAAAUAUUCAUAUUUUUAUAGACAGCCCCAUCUUAUGCGAUUGCGGUUACUGUAACUGGCCCAAUUUUAACCGUGUUUUCUUUAACUGGUGGAAUCUUCACAAAUACUGCUGAAAUGCAUGCUUGGAUCAGUUGGGUGCAAUAUUUAUCUUGGUUUAGAUAUGGUUUUGAAUCACUGACUGUCAAUCAAUUCACCCAUGAAAAAUUUGCCAAUAUUUCUUGUGAAGUUCGAACACCGGAUAAUGCGAAUUAUCAACUUCCAGAAGGACAAUGUGAAUCAAACGGGAUGAAAGUAAUUGAGAAUUUCAAUUUCCAUCCGGAUAAUAUGUAUUUUAAUUGGUUGGCUAUGAUUUAUCUGACUGUUAUGAUAUAUGUUUUGGGAUAUAUUGGUUUGGUGAGACGUGUUAUGGCGGAGAAAUAA